AUGAUCAGAAUCCUGACAAAAUGGACAUUUAAUACAGGACACAUAAGCACAGCUGUAUCCUCAGAAAUUAAACACAGUUUAAGAUCCGUUCUGCAUUUCGGGCAUUUUGAACGAGGUGAAGUCACGACGCCCAUUUCAGUAUUGGUGACCAUAGGGUGUCUAUGUGACAAUAUGGUCAACCCAGAAACAUUAAAAAGAUUACAGUCUCAUCCUGACCUUAUUAGAAAUAUUUGUAUUCUUGCCCAUGUUGACCAUGGCAAGACUACUCUUUCAGAUUCGCUUUUAGCGUCCAAUGGAAUUAUAUCACAAAACAUGGCUGGCAAGCUCCGAUACCUGGACUCACGACCUGACGAGCAAAUACGAGGGAUUACAAUGGAGUCUAGUGCCAUUUCACUUUAUUUUAAAGUAGCAUCACGAUCGCCGCCUUUGGAAACAAACGGUCCUCAGAUUAAAGAGUAUCUCAUCAACCUUAUCGACUCACCGGGCCAUAUUGAUUUUUCUUCAGAGGUUUCUACAGCAUCGAGAUUAUGUGACGGUGCUUUGGUUCUUGUCGACGCCGUAGAGGGUGUUUUAUCUCAAACUGUAACUGUUCUUCGACAAGCUUGGGUAGAGAAGCUUAAGCCGGUACUUGUUAUUAAUAAAAUUGACAGACUUGUUACAGAACUACGUUUAACACCAAUGGAAGCUUACAUACACUUGACCAGACUUAUUGAACAAGUAAAUGCGGUGAUGGGGUCAUUUUUUGCUGUUGAUAGAAUGCAGGAAGAUUUAAAGUGGCGUGAGCUUCAAGAACAAAAGCAGAAUUCAGGUGAUGAUAAAAAGGACGAAUUUGUUGAAAAGUCUGAUGACGAUUUGUACUUUAAUCCUGAGCUUAAUAACAUAAUUUUUGCGAGUGCUAUUGAUGGAUGGGGAUUCAACAUUUCUCAAUUUGCAUCAAUUUUUGAACGAAAACUUGGGAUUCAGCGAGAAAAAUUGGAAAAAGUAUUAUGGGGGAAUUAUUACUUUGAUCCUAAGACUAAACGCGUUCUAUCUGCAGGAUCUUCUGCGGCAAAAACUUUGAAGAACCCUAAGCCACUUUUUGUACAACUUGUUCUUGAUAAUAUUUGGAAGAUUUAUAAAUCAUCUGUGGUUGAGCGAGAUUCCGAGCAAAGUUCUAAAAUUGUUUCUGCUCUUAACUUAAAAAUCUCACCAGCAAUGAUUAAGGCUAAGGACGGGAAACCACUUUUGACAGCUAUUUUCAAUCAGUGGAUUCCGAUUUCAGUAUCUAUUCUUCUCAGUGUGAUAGAAAAGGUUAAUCCUCCAACAAUUGCCCAGCGCGAACGAAUACCCCUAAUUCUUGAAAGUGCACCGGGUGGCGGUGAUGGGUUAAAUCUUAAGGUUCGAGAUGCCAUGCUUUGUUGUGAUCGCUUGGGACCUGUUGUUUCGUAUGUAUCCAAAGUGAUUGCAAUACCUGAGGAGGAAAUUUUGCGAAAAAAGAGUGACCAAGAGGAAAAGGAGAAUAAUAGAACACCCAUGUCAGCAAUUCAAGAGCGCACCAGACGAGCACGGGAGCUUGCAGCAAAUUUGCAGCAAGGCCCCUCUGACAUGGUUGCUGCUGGAGGUAAAGGAUAUGAUGAUGAAGAAGAUAUUGAUGAUUUGGAUGCAUAUUUUAAUCAGCUUAGGGCGGAGUCGCCAGUUAUUGUGAAAGAGAAGUUGAUUGGAUUUGCACGAGUGUUUAGUGGAACAUUAAAAGUCGGUCAAGAGCUUUAUAUUUUACAACCUAAGUUUGAUCCUGCCAACCCAGAAAAACACCGAGAGAAAAUUGUGAUUUCCGAUUUAUUUUUGUUAAUGGGCCGCGAAUUGGUUUCACUUAAGGAAGUUCCUGCAGGAAAUAUUGUUGGUAUUGGUGGUUUGGAUGGAAAAAUUUUAAAGAAUGGAACACUUGUUAGCCUUGAACAUGGACAGGGCCCCAAUUUAGCAAGCAGGAAUAACAUUGGGGCUCCGAUUGUGCGAGUCGCUGUUGAGCCUGUUGAUCCGACUAAGCUUGAUCAAUUGGAAAAUGGGCUAAAGCUUCUAAAUCUUUCUGAUCCCAUGGUCCAAGUCUCUGUGGCUGAAAAUGGUGCGCAUAUCUUAAUGACCGCAGGUGAACUUCACCUGGAGCGAUGCUUAAAGGAUUUAAAGGAGCGGUUUGCAAAGGUAGACAUUCAAGCUUCUGAGCCGAUUGUACCUUAUCGAGAGACAAUUGUGGGUCAUAAAGGUGUGAUUGAACAAACGAUUGGAAAUACUACUAAUACUACUAAUACUAAUACUACUACUACUAAUAUUGAUGAGGACAUAAAGCAGGAGCAGGGUGUUGGAAAAAUUGAUUUAGGGGGAAUUAGGGUUCGGUUACGUGUGGAACCUUUAGCAUCUGAAAUCACUAAAUUUUUGACCGAUAAUCACGAAAAAAUUGAGGCUUUAGUUAGGGAGUACUCCAAAAAUGGGAUUGAAGAUACUUGGAUUCAAAAGGCUUUUUCUGAGAGUGUCAAUGAGUCAGCAAGUAGGUUGAAGAGUAAAGACAAUGCAGAAAAAUUGCGCAAUGCGUUAAGUUUGGAGAACAUUGUUGCUUUCGGGCCGAGACGGACUGGAUCUAAUAUUCUCGUUGACCGAAGCGGGGUGAUUCGGCACCGACUUUUUAAGCAGGAACAUGAGUCGAAGGCCCGGUUUGCUUAUGAAGAGAGCAUUGUGACUGGUUUCCAGCUGGCGACGCAACAUGGCCCGUUGACGGCGGAACCGAUGGAGGGAGUGAUGGUUGUUGUCGACAGUGUUGUUGAAGAGGACGAAGCUCAAGAAAGCAAUGAAACGGAAACUAGAGAGAAGAAAGAUAAGGAGGAAGCAACAGGAGGAGACAGAACAUGGAACAUGAAUGUUUCUGGGCGUUUAAUUUCUGCGACCAAGGAGAAGAUUUUGACAGGGUUUUUAGACUGGUCACCUCGUUUGCUGCUUGCAAUGUAUGAGUGCCAGAUCCAAGCACCCGGGGAAGUGUUAGGAAAGGUAUAUGGAGUUUUGUCGCGGCGGCGUGGAAAGGUUUUACAAGAAGAAAUGCGAGAAGGCACGCCGUUUUACUUGGUGACUGCUAGUUUGCCUGUGGUUGAAGCGUUUGGGUUUUCGGAUGACAUUCGCAAGAAGACUUCUGGAGCAGCCAACCCGCAACUAGUUUUUUCAGGGUUUGAGAUGGUUGUCGAUGAAGACCCUUUUUGGGUGCCAACGACUGAAGAGGAGUUGGAAAAACUAGGAGAGACGGCUGAUAGGGAAAAUAUAGCCAAGAUGUAUAUGGAAAAAGUGCGUAAGCGGAAAGGUUUGUCAGUUGCAGAGAAAGUUGUUGAGAAUGCAGAGAAGCAGAGAACUUUGAAGAGGUGA